ACCGGUUGUUAUAAACAAACAAAUCCAGAUGUUUGUCAAGUGUAUUUGAUAAACGAGUGAACAAUGUUUGAGAAUUCUAUUCCAACGGAGUCGAAAGGCUCAAAAGAGGAUUAUUUGUUAUUACGAGCAAAAGAGGCUUUACACACUGACAUUUACGCCGCUAAAUCCUGGCUAAUCACAGCUAAAUCAUUAUUUCCCCAUAGUUCUAAAGUGCAGUUCGAGGCCUAUCGAAUAGAAAAACUCUCUAAAAAUGUGAAGGAAGCCGCCAAGUGCUUCAGCGAAAUCUUUCAGAAUUUUCCCGAAGAUCGAGAGAUUUGGACGGAAAUUGAAACAGUGACAGCAUGUCUUCGCUCGGAGAAAAAUGAUCCUGAAUCAGAAUUGCUCUGUCAAAUGUUCCAACACAUACCUCAAGAGCUUCAACAUCGACUGCUUGUCAUGACAGCUGACCACAGUGAGGACACCAUGGAGCACUGCAAAUUAUUGCUCCUACUAUUGAAAAAAUUUCCUCAAACGGUUUCAACUCACGGUCCCCGCCUGGUUGAAACCCUACUGACCGCUGAAAAGCACAGCCACCCAGGAGAAGCUGUGAACGAUUUCAGAAGACUUCUAGCUUGUGAAGCUCUUCCCCUUCUAGGAGGUGCCCCUGUUGACUUGAAUCCUCGAUUAAGUCUACGAUUGCUCUGCAAAGCAGUCGAGUUUUUCCUAGCCUGCGUCCAACAACCUCCAGACUCUCAGAUUCCAAAUCCCUGGGAUCGUUUAUUCCAAGUUAUCGAUAUUGUUGGUAAAAAACUUGGAUGGGAGCUGAGUAAUUUAUUUUCCACACCCUGGAACCAAGAGGCUUACUGCGAACGAAUCCAGCAAUAUACUGUCACUCACGCCAAUGGACUCAAUGAUGAAGCUACUGUACGACAAUUGCUGCUGUGUGCAAUUGCGGUGCUAAUUAGAAUAUUGAAUGAGCACGCAGCUCAAAUGAAUAGUUAUGACGUGCCUUACUGUUUAGUUGAGGCAUUUACAGAACCAAUAUCAUCGACUUCAGUAGAACCGAAACCGAAAAAACGCAAACGAGAGGAAAUUAUUCUCACCAGCGACAGCGAUUACAGUGGAUAUGGAUUGACAUCUGCUGUGGCAUUGUGGGAUAUAUUGCACAGUACUGAGUACAUGAAGAGAGAAGUAGUGAAACUUAGUCAACAGACUCUGAGAUUGGACGCUUGGUUGAAUCCUUUUCUAAUUGACCUGGCAGUUUACAAAGGAUUACAUCAAGACGCCCUAGCGAGAUUUCCACAGGCUGGAGGGAAUUUAACAACGCACCUGAGACUAGCUAGCACUUGCUUCUGUCUGAAGGAUUAUGGAGGAAUGCUGGAUUAUAUCGUGAUGAUUGUGAGUGCUCUACCCCAAACGAGAGGAAAAUUGUCGAAUAAUCUCAAUGUUCCAGCGACACGUCACCUGCACUACCUACCCCUCGCGGAAUUACCCAUACUGCAGUACUGCUGCAGAUUAUUAUUAAAUGGAUUGAAAUGCAAAUUGGCUAUAUCUACGGAUACUGGCGAUUGGGCAACGGGAAAUGCACUUGUGUUAAUGCAAAUGGAUUGGCCGCAAGAGGCCAAUCUCUUGUCUACCAUCUCUGAACGUAUUCGGAUGCAUGAGGCCUUCAGAUAUCCGCUGUUCACAUCUUAUAUUAUUUGUAUUGAUAUUCUAGAGGAACUCACUUAUUUGUGGACGGAGAGUGGUGGAGGAAUUUCACUGGAUAUUGCCAUUGGAUCGGAAGUGCUUCAGGGUAGGAGGAUAACAACUCGAGGGGCUGAUAAAGGUGUUCGUGAGGAAGUUAGACAAGCCAUGAGACGUCAAGCUGCUCGACAAGAUGUUGAUCCUAUCAAUGAGUUAAUUCAAAGAUUUAUUAUUAAUGAAAAGGCUGCGAUUUUGCAUAGUUUAAUGAUUAAAUGAAUUUGGAUCGAUAUCGAUAUGAAAUGUAUCAAUUUAUAUUUGUGUUUAAAAUUUUAAAAAUAAUAUGAAUAAAUACAGAUGAAGCAUUA